AAAAAAACUAACUAAAUCACCCUUGCUAUCAGACCUUCAUCAAGAUGCAGAUCUUCGUCAAGACCCUUACGGGUAAGACUAUCACCCUUGAGGUGGAGUCCUCCGACACCAUUGACAAUGUCAAGUCCAAGAUCCAGGACAAGGAGGGUAUCCCCCCGGACCAGCAGCGUCUGAUCUUCGCUGGUAAGCAGCUCGAGGACGGCCGUACUCUUUCGGACUACAACAUCCAGAAGGAGUCCACCCUCCACCUCGUGCUCCGCCUGCGUGGUGGUGGUAAGAAGCGCAAGAAGAAGGUCUACACCACCCCCAAGAAGAUCAAGCACAAGCACAAGAAGACCAAGCUCGCCGUCCUCAAGUACUACAAGGUCGACGGUGAUGGCAAGAUCGAGCGUCUCCGCCGCGAGUGCCCCUCCCCCGAGUGCGGUGCCGGUAUCUUCAUGGCUGCCAUGCACAACCGCCAGUACUGCGGCAAGUGCCACCUCACCUACGUCUUCGACGAGUCCAAGUAAAUUGGCCUUUGAUAAGUCGCCUAUCUUUCGCUCCAGCUGGAUGUGCUUCGAUCUUCCCCACGGAACUAGGACAGUGAAGGUUGCAGGGUUGGAUAUGUGAGGUGUAUGGGACGUGUGCGUUAUGAUCGUUCCAUAGUGACUUUUAAGACAAAUCAAACAAAAAAAUUUUCAAAAAAAUCAUCAUCAUAUCUAA